UUAUGGUAUAAACUGGUCCCGCAGAGCAGGAAGAGAUAUGCAGGAGAGAGAGGAAGUCCCACUAUCCCUCCAUCCAUCAUUCACUCCAUCUCACUCGUAGAGUGAUCGUGUCCCAGUGCUGCGUGGUUUCGGUUUGGAUGUGAGGUCAUCAGGGAAGGACGGCAGAAACACCUGACUUUUGGGAAUAUGUGCGCAAGUCCUGUUUGGGAAUACCUCGCUUUCUGGUGACAAGGACUUGAACGCGGCUGGAGACAAAAGUUUACCGGGACGACCCAAGUCUUUCAUCCCUCUCCCUUUUUUCCCCCAGCAUCCUUUGGAUCGAAGAGAGCGAGCAUGGAGGAGAGAAGCGGAUGAUGGGAGCACUAGAAAUAGCAUUAAAAGGUGUGGAGAGGGAGUUGUAGGAACAUGGCGGGAAGCCUUUGUGACUCCUGGUGCGCAGACGUGACCUUUGACACUGGAGACAGGCGCUUUCUAGACUCCAUUGUGUGCUGUGGUAACCAGCUGAGCUGACAUCAAAUCAUCAAUCACUUUUCAUUUGCUAUAGAACUUUCUCUCCUGAACCCACAUGUCUCAAAGGCAAUGGUUUUAAAGCUUUAACCAAAUUACAUAGUGAGUAAUCUUCAGAGAAAUUUGGGGACGUAUUUUAAUCUUCCUGCAUCCCACUUUGUGGCUCCGGCUUGUGCUCCUUUUAAAUUAGCGUCUUGGACAUCACAUGGCAUUGUCUCAAUCUUUUGGCUCACAUGAAAAGCAGCUCUCAAAUCGUUCCACUCACAGACUGUGGCUUUCUCAGUAUCUUGCUUAGAAGCCAAAUGGAGCCGUAAAUCUCCGACUGCUUUUAGGAUGACAUGUGUUCUCUGUCGUUGGAUGUCUCACGUGAGCUUUCUGGAUCCUUUGCUUUUCCUGAGCAGGCCUCGGACUCUCACAGAUUCUCCACAUGUCACUACGGGUCCUUGUGUAUUUUAGGUCUGCCUUCUCUUCAAGCCUCGGGGGGAGUCUCAAGAGUUGAACUAUGCAUGAAUGUGUUUGAGAAAAUUGCGGAUUGGAGCUUUACAUUUUGGUAAUGAUUACUUUAACAGGCAAGUUGACAAAAAGUGUUAUUCUUGUUAGGUCUGAGCAAGUUGUUAAUUUGAUUUCCGCUGUAAUUUCCUGAAUUAGGCUACGUCCUUGUGGUCCCAUCCAGUUCUGCUCGGCUCUAUGGAGCUUUUUAGCUUCUUUUAUCACAAUAUUGGUUUAAUAGGCUGCGACUGUACUGUUUUGCUUGACUCCCACCGCUCUCAUUGUAGUUUUUUACAUCAUUACCCAUGAAGCAAACAACGUCCCUCUUUUUAUGAGUGCACUGUGACCCGAGCACUUCUAAUCUCACUUUGCUCUGUCCUAAUUUAAUAAUUUUCUCUUGGAGCCAGCGUGCAACAAUUGCUGAACUGAUGCGGAUCGUGGCAGCUGUAGGGAUGAAUCGCCGGAUCUGGGGAAACGCUGGGAAUGCCAGUAAAUGGGACAGAAAUGGGCCGCACAGAGGGAGGCUGAUGCUGCUGCUGUGGAUUAUCCUCUCCAGCUCGCUGUGCCUGAUGGUCGAGGGCCAGAUGAAGCUCUCACCAGAAACGGUGCAGCAGUGGGCUGUGUCCUUUGGUAAAGAGAUAGCUGCCCUGUCCGCCAGAUACUCUGGAGCUAAACUGCUACAGAAGAAAUACAAGGAUGUCGAGGCCGUGGUGAAGAUAGAGGAGGUGGACGGAGAGGAGCUAGUAAAAAAGUUUGCCGAGGAGAUGGAGGAGAUGCUUGGGAGGAAGAUGAAAUCUGUGAAGAGGUUGGCAGAAGCAGCAGAGGACGCUGAUCUUUACCACGAGUACAAUGCAACUCUAACGUUUGAAUACUUUAACUCCAUGCUGAUCAACACGGUGGACGAGGACGGGAAUCCACUGUCGCUGGGAGGAGAAUUCGCUCUGGAGAAGAAUGAACACUUCAAUAAACUGCCAGUCAACACACAACUGAGUAACAUACAAGUCCCUACUAAUGUUUACAACAGAGAUCCAGAUAUCCUGAAUGGAGCCUAUAUGUCUGAGGCUCUGAAUGACGUGUUCAUCGACAACUUCCAGAAAGAUCCAACUCUGACCUGGCAGUACUUUGGCAGUGCUGCAGGCUUCUUCAGGUUGUACCCAGGGAUCCAGUGGAUUCCAGAUGAAAAUGGCGUGGUCACUUUUGAUUCCAGAAACAGAAACUGGUACAUCCAGGCAGCCACUUCUCCUAAAGAUGUGGUAAUCGUGGUGGAUGUCAGUGGCAGCAUGAAGGGACUCAGAUUGACCAUAGCCAAACACACCAUCAACACAAUCCUGGACACACUGGGGGAAAAUGACUUUGUUAACAUCAUAGCUUACAGUGAUUAUGUUCGCUAUGUGGAGCCCUGCUUCAAGGGAACGCUGGUACAAGCUGAUCUGGAUAACAGAGAGCAUUUCAAGCUAUUGGUUGAUGGGCUUCAUGUCAAAGGAGAGGGCAAAGUAAAAAACGGAAUGAAGGAGUCUUUCAAGAUCCUCAAUGAGGCUGCAGCGCUGGGCCAGGGCAGCCUGUGUAACCAGGCCAUCAUGCUGAUAACAGACGGAGCCAUGGAGGACUUCCAGAGUGUUUUUGAAGAGUUCAACUGGCCGGAACGACGGGUUCGAGUUUUCACCUAUCUGAUUGGACGGGAGAUGACAUUUGCUGAAAAUGUUAAAUGGAUUGCAUGCAACAACAAGGGUUACUACACACACAUCUCCACACUGGCUGACGUCCAGGAAAACGUUAUGGAGUACCUCCAUGUUCUCAGCCGACCAAUGGUCAUCAACCACGAUCACGACAUCAUCUGGACUGAGGCCUACAUGGACAGUGUGCUGUUCAACAGUCAGGCCCAAAGCCUGCUCCUCAUGACCUCUGUAGCCAUGCCUGUGUUCAGCAAGAAGAAAGAGACUUUGUCACAUGGGAUCCUGCUGGGAGUGGUAGGAACCGAUGUGGCCUUGAAAGAACUGAUGAGAUUAGCUCCGAGAUACAAGCUGGGUGUCCAUGGUUACGGUUACCUCAUCACCAACAACGGCUACAUCUUAUCUCACCCUGACCUCCGACCUCUGUAUAAAGAUGGGAAGAUACUAAAGCCAAAACCCAACUAUAACAGUGUUGAUCUGGCGGAGGUGGAAUGGGAAGACACCGAGCAGAAACUGAGGACCGCCAUGGUUAAAGGAGAAACUGGGACGUUGGCGUUAGACGUGAGAGCGUCUGUAGAUAAAGGAAGGAGAGUGAUGUUCCUGAAGAAUGAUUACUUCUACACCGUCAUCAACGAGACACCGUUCAGUCUGGGUAUAGUGCUGACUCGAGGAUAUGGAGAGUAUAUCUUCAUUGGAAACGUCUCUGUUGAGGAGGGUCUCCAUGACUUACUGGCUCCAGACCUGACCAUAGCCAGUGAAUGGACCUACUGUGAGACAGACAUUGACCCGGCCCAUCGUAAGCUGAGCCAGUUGCAGGCUGUGGUGCGAUACCUCACUGGCAAAGAACCAGAUCUGGAGUGUGAUGUGCAGUUGUUGCAACAAACUCUAUUUGAUGCUGUGGUCACGGCUCCUAUGGAAGCCUACUGGACCGCUCUCAUGCUCAACACAUCUGGUAUGGAUGAGGGGGUAGAAACUGCAUUCUUGGGGACCCGUUCUGGCCUAAUGAGGUUCCAGAGAUACACUGGUAUUGAGAAACGAGUCGCCAAGUUUUUCCUGACCUCCGUAGACAUGGAGAAUAUGUUCACAUUGGACCAUUUCCCAGUGUGGUACCGCAGAGCGUCCGAGUACCCAGCUGGACAGUUUCUAUACCACAUGCCCAGACAGGAGACUAGAGAUAUAUUCAGGGACUAUGAGGCUGACUAUAGCGCCACCUUGAGUGCAGAGGAGGUGGAGCUUGAAGCGGAGGAGGGAGGGAGAAAACAAAGUGAGGCGGAGAUGGAGGAGGAGGCAGGAAGGAUAGUCAUCGCUACCACUGCCGUCACUGUAAUGGUGGGAAAGAAAACUGCCAUCGCUGGAGCCAUCGGUGUCCAGAUGACUCUGGAUCUGAUUGAGUCUAAAUUCUGGGCUAUUGCAUCACAGCCAAAUGACACAGAUUGCUCUAAUACGGAUGGGAUUUGUCCUCUUCGGUGUGACAGCUUUGAUAUUGCAUGCUACGUGAUUGAUAAUAAUGGCUUUGUACUAAUUUCCAAACAGCGCAAAGAUGCGGGAAGAUUUUUUGGUGAGAUUGACGGAUCAGUGAUGACAACACUUAUCAGAAUGGGCAUGUUUAAAAGGGUGUCCCUGUUCGACUACCAGGCCAUGUGUAAGAUGAACCUGCACUCUGUCAGCAGCGCCCGUCCACUCCUCAGUCCGUUCUAUGGUUUGGCUUCAGCCCUCAAGUGGUUCCUCUCCAACUUCCUACUGUUUCUCCUGGAGUUUAAUAUCUGCGGCUUCUGGCACACGGAGCAUUUCGCUGAUGCCUCAGCUCAUAAGAAAAGAGGGGACCUCCUGCAGCCAUGUGACACCGAGUACCCCAGCUUCGUCUACGAGCCGUCAGUCAAAGAGACCAACAGCAUUAUUAAGUGUGGACGCUGCCAGAAGAUGUUUGUGGUGCAGCAGAUCCCAGAGAGCAACCUGUUGAUGUUGGUGGUGCAGGCCGACUGUGACUGCUCCAGACAGUACCCACCCAGCACCAUGGAGCCCGAGGAAGUCAAAUAUAACGCUUCGGUGAAGUGUGACAGGAUGCGGUCCCAGAAGAUUCGCCGACGCCCCGAGUCCUGCCACGCCUACCACGCACAGGAGAACGCCAAUGACUGUGGAGGAGCUUCUGUUAUAUCUCUCUCUGCCUCUCUCUUCCUCACCUGCCUCUCCUUCUCGACAAUUGUCUCCUGAUGAUGGACAACUUUGCUAUUUUACCCAAUUUGAAUGUGAAGGAGGAGAUUGGAAUGAAUCAAGAGAUGUGUUUGAACACUGGACACCUCAAGCGGAUUUUUUAAAAACUAAUGUUGCACAUUUUGCUCAUUUUCUCAUGGCAACCACAAACCUAUAGUUUCUAAUGAUGGACCUAUGAUGUCGUUUUUGAGCAGUUUUUAGUUAACUCUUGGCAAUUAUUAUGUUUGAACUGCAAAGAAGGCAAGUUAAUGGGCUGUUGUUGCCAUGGAUACUUUUCCAUUAGUAGCUUUCUCACACACCACUUUGCAUCUCAAAAUGAAAAGGGACUAAAGAGACACUGGUGGUGGCUAUGACGUGCAUUGAUAAAAGAGGAUUAUGAGUCACAAGAUGCAACAUUAAAAAGUCCAGGGGGGGGGGAAAUGUGUUUGUCAUUUCCCAAAUCCCACAGAACUUAAAAUUGCAAACACACAUGCAUAUUAUAUAUGCAGCUGCAAGCAUGCAAUACUUUGUCACCCUGAGUGCUUCAUCUACUGUCUAUCCUACAUGAUUUUUAAAACAUUGAAUAAGAGAAGGGCUGCAGCAGUAUAUGGUUGUUGUGUAACAUCAAUUUUGCUGCUGAAAGUUGUGUUUUACAAGGUUGUUUGCAAUAUUAGUUUCUCUGAAUCUUCUGCAAAUCUCAAAGGGUGAUGGCUCGGUGCCAAGAACGUACUGAUAAAAAUGUAAUAAAAUGUAAUAAAGAUAAUUAUGAAAUCAGAAUGGGAAGUCCCUUCACUCUCUUAUUUUUGAGUUUUUACUUGGAUUGCAUCCCAAAAAUAUUUGUUUCGUGACAUAUCUUUUUUUUAUUUUUGAGUCUGCCUUGCUGUCUUUAUCAGCUGUGUCUUUCUGUGUGUUUGUACAUACUGUAUGUAAUUAUGCUUGGCUGGACAUCACUGUGGAAACUGGAACUCUUAAGGAUGUAGAUCUACAAUCAGAAACACAAUGAUGGAUUCAAACUGUUUUGAUCAGAUUUCUUUUUGUUUGAUUUAUGCAAUUAUGGUUUCAAGGAAUAUCUAGGUUAAAAUAAUACCCCACAAAAGAUGCAGUACCAAAACGUUAUUUUUUCUGAAAUAAAUUUUUAUGGUGGUGAACUAUGGAUUUCAUAGACUGUGGUUACUUGGGCCCCAAGGUCAUGCAACUGCUUAUUACUUGGCAUAAAUAACAGAUUAAAAAAAUUCAUGAUAAGAGAAAAAAAGGGAAGCACUUACUCUGGCAAACAAGAUUGUCACAUGGAAAAAAAACUGGAAAAUGUCUCAUAAUUGCCAUGUAAAUUAACAGUGUAAAUCUAAUUGAAUAGGGUAUUUUUGUAUUUGCUUGUGUUUCAUAUUUUGAACGUCUGCAUUUUAUUGUAUUUUGGGCUGAGUGUCCCUGUAGCUUUUUUUAAUAGUAUUUCUGAAUCAUCCUACAAAGCAUGUCUUUACGUUGAGCUCACUAUGAUGACAAAAUUGCCUGAGAAUUUGCCUGUUUAUGUCAUAGAUUCAGAUACAUAUUGUUCGUGAGUGUGCAUCAUUACAGUAUGUUGUGUCUUGCUGAGAUGAUCUGAGUAAUUUUAUUCAUUUGUCUCGGUUUUGUUCGUAAUUUCCACUGUACAAUAUUCUGUAUAUUGUGUGGUUGACAUGUGACCAAGUUGUAUGUUGACUGACUGAAAUCAUGAUUUGAGCAACUAAAUUAAAUGAUCCCUAUGGUUUUUGUACUGUA